AUGGGUUACAACGACUGGGAUAACGAUAACGAGCCGGCCGUGGACCGUGACCACGACUGGCGUGCGGUACCGGGCGAUUUCGACACGAUACCUGUGAUCGAUGUUGCCGGUAUUAGAAGUGAUCAUUUCGAUGAGAGACGCAAGAUUGCUGCCCAGAUUAGGGACGCUUGCGUGCGAGUCGGGUUUUUCUACAUUCAAAACCAUGGCAUUAACGACGAUGUUAUUAAAGGCGUGUUCAAGGCGGCAGAGACUUUUUUCGCGCUGCCAUUUGAGCAGAAAAUGGAAGUAUUCAUCGAUAAUAGUCCAAAUUUCCGGGGCUACACUCCCAUCGGGGGUUCGGGGAAGCCUGGACCGGACGGACGAGGAAAUCUGAACGAGGCGUUCGAAUGGGGCCAUGAUUCGAAGCUGAACGAUGAUCCCAACGAUGCUUGCGACGACCCGUAUAUGAAGGGCCGCAACCGAUGGCCACGGGAGCCCGCUGACUUCGAGGACCAGCUAUCUACUUACUAUCGAGAAUUGCGGGCCUUUUGCCGUCUGUUGGCCAGCUCACACGUCCUCCUACAUGAAGUUGUUGGAGAAGAUGCGCUGACGAUUGUGACAUUAGUCUUCACGAUUCUUGCACCAGGACCCGUCCGCGCUCUGGAGGUCGCGAAUAAAGCCGGGGAGUGGAUAUCAGCUCCGCCUAAGCCCGGAACCUUCAUAGUCAACGUCGGUGACCAGCUUCAAGCCUUCACCAACGACCUCUACAUCUCGACUCGUCACCGAGUCAUGAACUACACUGGACAAGAGCGAUACGCCAUCCCCUUCUUUUUCUCAACAAACUUUGAGACCGUCAUCAAACCAAUCCCGGAACUGCUUACCGGAGACCAGGUAGCCAGAAACCGGCAGGUCUCGGCUGGACAGGUGAGCUAA